CACAACUGUGUGCCGGGAGAUCAAUUCCUCUGGGCACCGACUUCUGUUCAAAACACCUGCCAAUCAGUCUGUGUCGAACCAUCGACGAACAGAGGCUUCUCUCAUAGGCAGUGCGCGACUUUUUCACACGGUCAUUUGUGUGUCAAGUAGAGGCUCUCGCGAUAUUGCCUGAAUCACUUCAUACGUGCGCUAUCAGGAGAUUAUCAGUGCGUGGACUCUCUGUGUGGCGCGAAAAAAUCAAAAUUAGGGAGUACUUACUUUUUUGGCGAUAAUGAGUGUUAAGAGAGAUUCCCCGAGUGAUCAGUCAUUGCUCUCCUCACCUUGGGAACAGCAUUCACCACAUAUUGUGAUCUCAACACUUGGGGAUCAUACACCGUCACCCUGUUCCCUCUCACCAGGUACACCGAACACCCCGUGUCGGACUCCCAAUGGAUCCAUUCGAAGAAGCCGCAACUUUCGUCCUGGAACCACAAGGCGUUUCCGCAGACGAGCUGUGUUUAAGCAUGGAGAAGUGAAUGUGAUUCAGUCGAAACUCAGCAAAAGGAAGCUGAGAUUCCUCCAGGAUAUCUUUACGACACUCGUAGAUACUCAGUGGAGGUGGACUCUGCUAAUCUUUGCGCUGAGUUUCAUUCUCUCCUGGUUGGGAUUUGCCGUCAUUUGGUGGCUUAUCUGUUUCACACACGGUGACUUGGAAGCAGCCCAUUUGCCACCACACCAAGAGGAAAACAAUUGGACUCCCUGUGUGUACAACAUCUUUACCUUUGCAUCCUGUUUCCUGUUCUCCAUUGAAACACAGCACACAAUUGGCUAUGGAUUCCGUACAACCACCGAGGAAUGCCCGGAGGCGAUUUUCAUGAUGUGCAUGCAGUCGAUUUAUGGAGUAAUGACUCAAGCUUUUAUGGUUGGGAUUGUAUUCGCCAAGAUGACCCGACCGAAGCAUAGAUCACAGACGCUCCUUUUCUCAAAGAACGCUGUCAUUUGCCAACGGGAUGGGGAUUUGUGUCUAAUGUUCCGGGUGGGAGAUAUGCGGAAAAGUCACAUAAUUGGUGCCAAUAUCCGUGCGCAGCUAAUCAAGUGCCGCACCACAAAAGAGGGUGAAUUUUUCCAGCAAUUCCAAACAGAAUUGGCUGUUGGUACGGAUGGGUGCGCUUCGGAUUUAUUCUUCAUCUGGCCCAUGAUUGUUGUGCACAAGAUUGAUGAGGAGUCCCCAUUCUACACGAUGUCAGCAUCGGAUAUGCUUCAGGAGCGUUUUGAGAUUGUUGUGAUUUUGGAGGGAACUGUGGAGUCCACGGGACAGAGUACACAGACACGUUCGAGCUACUUGAACACCGAGAUCCUUUGGGGGCAUCGCUUUGAAUCGGUGGUAUCGUACAAUAAGGAGCGACAGAGUUACGAGGUGGACUACAGGAGGUUCAAUGAGACAGUUCAGGUAGACACCCCACUCUGUUCGGCCAAAGAACUCGCGGAAUUCUGCAAAUAUCAAGAAGACCUCACAAUAGCUGCAAAAGAAGGGCCCCGCUUUCAUUUGGGACACCCAACCGAUCAAACGGACACUUAGAGCACGUGGUGGAUUGUCUUCGUCGAGAAUGCGAAUCUCUCUCGUUCAUUUUGUAUGUUGUUCGCUUGUUUUUAUGCUGGUAUCUUUACGAUACAAUUAUGUUCUCUAUUUUUUGCUUAGCACAAUUUAUGUGUGAUUGUGAGCUUAAUGGCGCGAUGUUUGUUCUCUCGCAACAGAAUUCCAUUACGACAUUGGUGGCGCAUCACCGAUUUUGUCACAAAAACCGAGGCUACCGCUGCUGGUGGAGAAUCUGCGUCAUCAGCUGCUACCGCCCCAGAAACUCUCUCAGUCGCACAAUCAUCUGCACAGGACGCGCCACUAUGAUACAGAUUCCAUACGAUCGCAUCCAGAAUAGGGGCAACACACCUGCUGACCCGAACUCCAUGAGCAUUUUGUCACCUCUCUUUGAUAAUCUUGUGAUCAUGACUUCAAUAAACACACUCAAUCUGGUCA